AUGGCUACCAACCCUUCCGCCAAGCGGAAACCUUUCAAUCCCCCAGGUCCUCAUGGUCCAGCUGGGGCUUCUCGCAAACGCGCCAAAACCUUCGAUGCGCGCACCUUGGCUGUGCAGUCGGCCGACGCCGCCCUCUCCGCAACGGGCGAGCUCGAUGUCGCCGCCUACUCUGCAGCUCGAGCAUUUGAGAUACAGGCCCUGGAGGAGGGAAUGAAGCGGUCGAAAAAUGCGCUUACAAUGCGAGCCUUCCAAAAGGUUCCCCGCACCCUGCGGCGGCGGACAGCGAGUCACAAUGUGAAGCGAGUUCCGCGGAGGUUGAGGGCUCGAGCCAAACGAGAGAUGGCCGAGGAUAACACGCCUACUGUCACGGCGCGCAGACGCAAGCCGUCACAGAUGAUGCGCAUUCGGCUCGAUACCGCUCGGCGGCUGCAGGCUAUCAAUUCAAAAACGAAGGCCCGACGGGCGGCUGCGAAAAUAAAGCGUGACCAAGAGAACAAGACUUCUUUGGAGAAGGAGGGGAGUCAUGCCUUCGAUAUUGCACCACGAGUUCCCAAGAUCAAGAAGAACAAGCUGUCGAGGCCUGUUCCGGCAGAGCAGAAGUACCGCAAGCGCCAAAAAAGCAAAACAUGGCUGCCUACCCAUUUAUAUCAUGCAAAGCGAGCUCAUAUGGCGACGACUAAAGAUCCGAUUUGGCGCUUUGCCAUUCCUUUAGCCCCCACCGAGAAAUGCUAUCGGCCUACGCACCGGGCUCGAGGCGCGCGGGGUGCCGUAGCGUGGGAUAUGAGCUAUAUGUCUACUGUUCAGCUUGAGGGAACGGAGCCAGCUAUUCAGGCCGUUCUGACGGCAGUUGGUGUCGACGGGGACAAUGCAUGGGGCACCAAGGGGAGGAAAUGGAGAGCCGGGACUCGGUCUCUACGCGUUUGGACUUAUGAGAAAGACCAUCCAAAACGUCCAACUGCACCAGUGACAUUGAUAUGGUGUGCCAAGCAAGAAGAUGUUGAGAUGGUCGAUGCCGACGAAUCUCAGCCCAAGUCUAAGAAAGAUCACCGAAAACUAUGGAUUAGAGUCCAUCCGUCGGCGUUUCUACAGUUAUGGACGGAUGUUCUUGGGGUAUCUAAAUCGCAAAACCCACCUGUCAUGGUCGAAGACCUGCGGUUCGAGAUUGGCAGCAUUGAAAUCACAGGGCCAGGGUCGACCGAGGCCUUGUUGGCGACAUUGAAACCGAUUAUUGGACCAGACGGUGAUUCCCCGUCAUCACAAAGCCCGGAAGCUGUCUGGCCAUCCCUUUUGGGGGUGUCGAAUCCGUCCUCAUUACCGCCUAACGCCCUGCUCUCUUUUGCUAUCUCUGAUCCUCGUCUGCACUUCCCUCCACGCACACUUCACGUCCCCGACAACGAAUCUCACAUGAAUGACCUUGCCAUCUUACUUUCUACAUGGCAUCCGGACAAAACGCAAGGCCCUUCUCAGCUAUUCGACCGAUCUACUCGGUUAACAGCAGCUCGUCAGCUUCCGAGCCAGAAGGCUAUUAACCGACGCCGCACUCUUGCCAGUCCUGGUGAAUAUCCGCCAUCCCAACCAUCAGACCCUCAAAUCCCGAUCAUGAUACUUGCAAACAAGCCCCAAGCCCGGGCCAAUCGCAGCAAUGCCCCGGGGUCCUGGACCGUAUUAUUACCAUGGAAAUGUGUUGUUCCAGUCUGGUAUUCACUCAUGUUCUACCCACUCUCCAGCGGAGGAAAUCCAUUGCUUGGCGGCUUGAAGCAGCAGCAGCAACUUGCUUUCGAGGCGGGCGAGGCUUGGUUCCCUGGAGAUUUCCCAGGCACACGAGCUGGAUGGGAAUGGGGCCAGCGUGAGAAUGAAAAAUCUCGACGUGAUUGGGAGCGACGUCCCAAGGGGCGGCGCCCCGAGUUCGAGAACAUUUCGCUGGGUGAUGGUCGUCCAAAGGGCGAGAUAGGCCGUGGGUGGGCCUGUGACUGGGAAAGGCUUCUUCAAGGACCGAAACAGGACGAUGCUAUGACAGAAACUGCCGGUGGCAACUCGGACAAAGAGUCGACUGACUCCAAUGAGACUGAGCAAAAUGAAUCCUCUAUUCCUAUCAUCCCACCCCUCAAUAUCCACAAUGUCCGUCUACCUCCGGCCGAUACUUGCCAAAGCUUGAGGAAGCUCGAUAAAGCCUCCGUCGGCGUCUCCACCCUUGCCACGGUCUAUCUUUCCCUCACCACGCGAGGCACACCAACACCCCGCGCACGAAUCUACCGACUGCCUACGGACCCAGUUCUACGCCAAAAAUGGUUCGAUCAUGGCUCGGCAAGGACCAACAAGUCAGGUCAGCCAAAACUCUCCAAGAGAGGAAACCCCACACCCGAAUCCGAAGAAUCUCGGCGUCUCCUUGCCAAGGCUCUCAUCUCAUCUGCUGAUGGAGAGCCUGACUCUGAGACAUUGGACGUACCAACCGAAGAUGACCUGAUUGGUUUUGUCACUACAGGAAACUAUAAUCUUUCCGAAGGCAAAGGAACAGGCAUUGGCUCCAUCCAGCUUUCGAAGGUAUUGACUGCCAAUGUUAAACCCUCUGAGAGAAGAAUGUGUAUCAUUCGAGCCUCAGGGGAGAAGGGUGGACGUUUAGGGGUUUGGGAGUUUGUAUGA